AGCUGAUUGUGACUACCUCUGAGCUGGAUUGGCCGCUUUUGACCCUGAAUUACUUAUGGAGAAAAAGCUGAAAAAACACACUCACAGAAGUGAUGGGAAAUGUUGCCAGCCGGAGUUAAUUGAAACCCUGAGUACGGCACUCAAGAAUUGGAAGACAACAGAAGCAACAGAUUCUUCAAAGAAGUCUGCCAAACCCGUAAACAGUGGUGAUGGGGUGGCGAGGAACAUAGAAAAGCACAUUCUCCAUGGGAGCGCGGGGGUCAUUCCUCCAGGAUGUGAAGCCCCGGGAGGUGGCCUAGCGUACCCGAAGGAAUCGAAGUUUGUUUUCCAUUACCGAAUACGCAAAGUGGAUGACGAUCACACGGUCCUAGAUGAUACGCGAAAAUACGGCAAGUCGAUGGAACUUUAUUCUGGUAAAGAAUUCCAGUUAGACUUCUGGGAGCAUUGCUUGGGAACCAUGCUACCUGGCGAAGUAGCUUCGUUUCUUGUGCCACCGGAACGUUUACUUGCCUUUCCGGCAGUAAACAAGAAGCUGCGGGACUAUAUGUUGGACAAAAAGGGCCACGCGGUCAAGCAUUGUUGUGGCCUGAUGAGCUUGCAAGAACAAGGUGGUCUCGGCUAUCCGGAUUUGGAUGAGUUGAUGAUGAAACCAGAACCGCUGGAAUUUAUAUUUGAAUUGCUCCGGGUUGACGUUCCAGGAUCUACGAGAAAGGACACAUGGAUUAUGAACUCCGAAGAAAAAGCCGAACUGAUCCCCACGCUGCGCAAAGAGGGAAACCAGUUGUACGAAAAUGGGGACUUUGAAGCCGCCGCCAAUAAGUACAGGGAGGCGUUGGGACUGUUGGAACAGCUUGUGCUCCGUGAAAAACCUGGGGAACCCGAGUGGGUAGAACUUGAUAUGGCACGAGUUCCACUCUUCGUCAACUUAGCCCAAUGUCAGUUUAAACUAAAGCAAUAUUAUGCUGCAAUCGAAAGCACGUCCGAGGCACUGUCCCGUGAUCCGAAGAACGUAAAAGCACUGUAUCGACGCUCGAAGGCCUAUUCGGAGACUUGGGACCUGGAUCUGUCUGCUGCAGACUUGCGCAAAGUCGCCGAUCUGAUGCCGGAUAUGACAGCUGCAGUUAAUGUUGAAUUACAGGCCUUGGAGGCGAAGCGCGCAGAACAGGCACUCAAGGAACGCAGACUACUCGCAGGAAAAUUGUCCGCACGUUCUCCAUCCUCCCCACCAACCGAUCAGGUUCAGUCGAAACCGAAGAUAACAAACUAACAUGGUGUAACAAGCCAUUUGACUUUAUUUUUCAACAGUUGUUAAGCACAGUCUUUCGUGAAACUGAACAGCUUUUCUCGCGCAGUUCUGUAUUCUACUAAGGUUUAGUAUCCCGGGUUAUGUAUUUUUCACCUUAUUUUUUAUUUUUUUUUCAUGCUUCGUGAAUCGCGAGAACAUUUCUCAUGAAGCUUUGCAUUUAUGGCUGUACAGCUGUAUGCAUCAAUACAGGCAAGUAAUUUGCUC